UGUAUACAACAUUUACAUCCUUUUAUACUAUGUUUUCUAUUUAGACUCCUUUCUUAUAUUUAUUUUUAAACUUCUCAUGUAUGUCCCUUCACACCCUCCAUCCUUUUUCGAACUAGUAGUCGCAACAGUAUAAGUAAUGUAAUGCGCAGUUUAUAACGUAUUUACGCGUGUUCGAUCAUGGGAAUCACACGUAUUUGUGUUCAAUUGUGCAUCUACGUGGCGUUCGCCACCGUUGUCGCAGAUGACCAAGAUACAUCUAAAUGCUCGGGUCCAUUGACAUAUUACAAGAAUCUCAGGUGCACGCCAAUAUACGACGACGAGAACAAUUGCCCGAAAAAGUAUAACUGUAGCCAUAUCAAACUAAGAUCUAAGGAAAAGUGUUACAUCAACGGUCGUGCAUAUAAACCUAAACAAUUACUUUACCCUAAAGAUUCAAACGUUUGCGAUACCUCAUGCAUUUGCACAAACUCAUCUAACCAGAAUCAAAUUGCUGCAUUUCAGUGCACAAACUAUUUUCAAUGUAUCAAGAUAAAAAUAAAAAAAGGUUGCUAUUUACGGCAAGACCCAACAAUAUGUUGUCAAAAUCCGAUAGAAAUUUGUCCUGAAAGACCGGAAGAUAUACCUGUUUGUAAUGUAAAUGGUCAUAUAUAUCGUGAUGGUGAAUAUUUCAAAGUGGAUGAAGAACCCGAUUUGAUUUGUAUCUGCCAACCAGGGUACAAAGGUAAAAAUGUUCCACCUUACUGUAUCAAGCCUAACCAUUCUCCGUGUCACCCUGCAUUCAGUCACAAAGAUUAUUUUCAUCGAAAUUGUGCUCCAGUUUUUAGUAAUUACACAGAAAAGGACACGUGUCAUGUGAAGAUGUUAUGUCAAGUUUCUAACGACAUUGUCAUUCCUAAACAAUUACCUUUUAUAAUGGAUGACGAUUGGAGUAAUAUGUGCAUAUUUGGUAAUUUGCUAUUGCACAUUGGAGACAGAUUACAAUCAUCUUCAAUUGACAAAAUCGAUUGCAUUUGCGAAGUACCACCUGUACUAACUUGUGUAUAUGUAUAUUAAAAAAUACUUGUAGUUCUGGUAAGAGA